UGAAAAUAGUAUAUUUCUUACAGAUCAUUUGUAUACACAUUAUUCUCACGACCACGUUGUUGAUUCAUUUUAUGAGGCCGGUAGAUUGUGGUUAUACUGUGUUGAUUUUUGUAUUAGGCAUUAUCAGCAUACUUGGCGUUUUGACUUAAAAUUAAGUCAUAAAGAUCCAGUUUACGACGUGACCGUUUAGAGCUGGAUAGUAUGGUCCAGUUACUCAGUGCGCAGGUAUUUGUUCGUGGACUACACUUUAGGUAAUAUUUCAAUGGAGGGCUACUUUAGCACCCCAACUGAAUUAUUCUGACAUCUAACUCAAUGUUUUAAAAUCUACUGCUUAAAUAAGUGUUCUACGUUGUGGAUAAAUUAAUAAAAGCUUCGUUAAAGGUAUCUAGUUUGUUCAAACGUUUCUUUUAAUGGAGUUGUCUCAAUAUUCUGAACACUUUUUUCAAUUAAAAACGUAGUGGCCCUGUUGAUCCGACUCCGUUUUGUAUGAAUGAGUGUGCCGUGAACAAUAAUCUCCCGUUUAAUUCCGUAUACUAUACCUGGGCUAACCCUGCUUGUGUGGCGGCGGUAAUAUGGAUUAAGUUGGAUUGGUUUAUUUCAUGCAAUCGUUUACUCAGACAUUAUAAUGGGAAGCAGAAAAAUCAAAGGGAAGAGAAGUCAAGCGCGCUAACUCAUAUUGAUAAAACGUGACUAGUUAUAGUCAAACAAAAAUAAGCUAAAGACGUGGUAAAUGGGAGUAAGAGAGACACACUCCUAAUUAGAAACAGUCCAGUUUAUGAGCAAGUAGUUGACGAAGUCAAGAUGUGACUCAGGAAGAAUAAAUUAACUGGUCUAUCUGGAAAAUAAAACAACCCAUUCAAGCGUAAAAUAAAACUAAAAACUACAAACUACAAGUUUUGUUCGUUAUAAAUCAAGAUUAUCUUAAGUCUCAUAUGUUUAUGAGUUACUCAAUAAGUGUGUACUGAUUUCUGUUCAUCUACCUAAUUAAGCUCAUAUGCUCUGCUAUGCUGCCUAUUAAGUUAUUCAAAAAAAUGUUUUUUAAACUGAAAUUUUGUUUCCAUUUAGGUCUAACUGUUUAAAUAUGGAUACGUCAAUGGAAGAUUUGUUUUCUGAUUUUGAUAAAUCUACUGUUUUAGUUGAGACAGGUAAAUGGAUUACAGUGAGCAUGCCAGCGAGUCAUUGUUAGGUUUAAACUGUUCUGAUUUUUAAAAGAUGUUUUUUACUCGUUUCAAUAACAUAAAUUGAUGAAGCAAAAUGUGGACACUGGUUUUAGGACGUUUCAUACCAUAAAAGUGUUUACCUAGCCAAAUACAUGCGUAGCUUUUUGGCCAAUAGUAAUGACGUGAAUUUUUAACUCAUUACAUAUUUUAUGUGAUCAAAUAUAGUAUCAAACUAUCCAAAGAUCACUAUUCAUAAUCAAUCUCUCUUUAGAUGCUAUAUACCCCUUCGUGUAUAUUGGGACAACCAGUGGUCGCGACCAUUCAGAUGGGAUUACAUCCAGUUCCCAGAUUUUAGCUAAAAUAUUACUCGACAUGGUUGCUAAGACUGGACCGCCAUAUUUAAUGACCUCUGGAGCCAAUCCGUCUGGACCAGUUGCUCUUCCUCGUUUCAGAUUAGCUAUAGCUUUUUGAACUUCAAUUAGAGUCCGGGGGUCUACUUCAAUAAUCCAUUCAGGCUAUUUGGGAAUGGUGGGUGUUUGUAGAGUAGCUGGAGGCCAGUUGAAUUGCUCCUUAAAGUUUUCCACCCAUCGUCCUAAAAGUUCGGGCUGAGAGCAGAUAAGAGUGUCAUCUUUUCCCGAGAUCGCCUCAAUUACACUUGACUUUUUAAUUCCAGUUUCUUUUUAAUUACCCUCCGGAAAAUUCCCAUUAUAUUAAAAACAAUUGUCUUUUUAAUUAGUCUGAAAAACUGUCUGGUGUUACCUACAGCCGCUGCCUUUCUAUUUCUUUUACUUUUGUUACCCACCACUACUCACGAUCGUUCCAUAGAUCUGAUGUACAUAUAAAUAAACAUACAGUACCAAACUUGAACUGUAAACCCACUUAAUGAAGGUUAAGUGUUGAAAUCUUGAUGCAGCUUUGUUUGUCAAUAGCUUUUAAAUAUUUUUAUAACAUGCGAAUAUAUUUUAAAACUCUACAAAAAUAGUAUUUGCAAUUUGUACACAGUAAUCAAUACGAAUCGUCACAUGCCUGAUUGUUCAGUCACAACAUCCACCUCUUAAAAAACAUUUUUAAAUUGUAGUACAAGAUUUUCGGUUUUUUUUCAGUUAUUAUUAUUUCUUAGUCUAACUAACUGUCUAAUUUUAUUAACUAUCCCUGUACGGGACAAAAUGUACGUUAGUUGUUGGACGCCCAGUUAGUACUGUAUUUUUUCAUACAAAACUCAUGGUACCACCAGUGCGGAUGAGACUUCCAGGAUGUGGACAGUCCACUCGAUCAUAUCACUCCCUAUAGCCAUUUCUUUAGUUACACAAUAUCUUUUAUUUAUUGACUGUUAACUAGUUAAAUCAUUCACUAGAUAGUUGAGUAUGAGCCACACUUUAAGUUCAGAGACUACUGUUACCAUUCGAUUUCCCGAACCGAAUCCCUUUACCGCUAACCCACUUCUCUACUUUUUUAUUGAUUCGUUUACGGUAAUUUGUUUUUUAGUGAGCUACUACAUCAAGAAUUCUUUUAACGUUAUAAAUAAGCAAACAAGUAAGCGAAUAAUCCUCCUAACCUUGCCGUUUUUCAUGGUUUUUUAUGGAAUGAUACAAUAAUGUUCUUAGUAUUAAUUCUUAGCAGAUACAAAGAAAAAUAAUACAGAAAAGCAUGACUUAAUGGUACUUGCUACUGAGACAAUAGGCAAUGAAACUAUACGUAUUGAAGGUGUUCACCAAGCUUCUACUCAAAGUCUAUGCUUAACCAUUGAAUUACAUGAAAACUCUUUGUUGUCUAGUUGCAUUAAUUUGGAAAUUCCAUACCAGUAUCCCUCAUCGAGCACAAAUUUGUCAGAGACGAAGAAUAUACCAGUUCAUAUCUGUACUCUUUGUGAUAAAAAUCACUUUAUGAAUAUAAUUACUUAUCCACAACAUCAAACUUCGACAGUAUUUGCUGAUUUAUCCUUCACAUCGUCAUCAUCCUCAUCAAUAUUCACCUGUUCUAAACGUUUUAUUAAUAUUCUUUGUGAUAUUAAAAAUGAAGAUAUUAGAUGCGAUCCUCAUCUGGUUCGAUUAUGUAGCCUUCCAAAUGGACUAGUCUAUGCUAUUUGGUAUACAACUAUGAAUAAAAAACUUCAUUGUUCAGUUGCAUUUCCAUUGUCAUGUUGUAAGCCAAUCGUGACUUGGGCUUUUAUUCGUAAUCCUGCAGCUAAUUCUACACUGUCUCGUAUAAUUGACAAUACAUUAGCAGAUAAUCGUUGUACUCAAAUCGAAAACAAUACUGUGAAUGAUCUGCUUAUUGGUUUAACAAAAGAUGGUGAAGGUGUAGGUGUUUGGUUCGAUUCAUCAGAUGUUUGUAACAAAAAAGUUUUAAACAUCACUGAAUUCAGUUUACCCCAAUCACCUGAUCCAAUUACAAAAUGUCGUGCACAAGGUUCAUGGCUCCAUGUGAUCACUCAAAGUGGACAUUUAACAUCAGUACAUUUCAGUUUACAAUUAAGACAAUGUAAUGACAAUAAUAAUAGUGAAUCAACGAAAUGGGAUUUGUUAUGUCAACCAACUAAUUUUCCUCGAUUACCUAUUCAUUUAUCACCUGUGAAUAAUAUUGAGCAAUGGAUAAAAUCGUGCCCAAGAUGGCGUAAUCUUAAUGUUUGCGACUUUACUCGUUUGGCUGGUUGGUCGAUAAAUUUUUAUUUGAUUUUUGAUUUUUUGUUUCAAGUUGUUUAAUAUGUACUUUCUAGAUUUCUUCAGUGUUCUUUGUUUUCUGUGUGUGUUUGUGUGUGUAAACACAUAUAGGUCGUCCAAAUUAAAAAAACACACAACUUAUUUUGUUCAUAAUUCAGUCAAUCAUAUGCAAUGUACAACCUUUCACAUAUGUGCAUCAGUUCAAGUUGCCACACAACAUUAUCUCAGUAUGAUGAAUUAAUCAAGCAAAAUCGCAUAGUGGUAGAAGUAGUAACAGUAUCAGUAGUAGUAAAACGAUUAGUUAUAAAAGAGGGAAAAAGUACAGGAACGUGUUGAGACUUAGGAUCUGACGUAGUACAAAGUGAAUUUAUCCACACCAUUUCAAAUAAUUCUAAUCGAUGUCACUCAAUUCUCCCAGUCACUGGUUGUAAUUAUAGUUAGGAUUACAAUCAGGUAAUCCUCAUCUAUAUACAUAGUCCAGCUCAGUUUUCAAUGACUUCAUGGACCGAUGCUACAUUUUCUUUUGAUCGCCCCUAACUUUAUUUCAACCUAUUCCUACACCAGAUAACAUCUCUCAUCGAAAGAGGUGGUGUUUGGCCAUACGUUAUACAUGUUCUAACCACCUCGGUGGAUGAAUAUUCACUGCCUUAUGAAUCGGUUUGCCAUCUUUACGUCCUAACGUCAGCCUUGCUCACUCGGUGGUCUCAACAUACGUGUGCAAUGCUUCGAAGGCAUCUAUGAUUAAAUGCUAACAACCUACGUAUAUCCCCUGUUCUAAUGGGCAAUGCUUUACACUCACAAAACAGAAGAGAGCAAACUGCCUUACACUGUACUCGUUUUUAGUUGGCAGAUGAACGUCUCUCCCAUACUACAAGUAACGUAAGUUGGUAAGAGCCAGUACAUUUCACAAGGUAAUAUUUUCCAGUGUAGGCUCUUUUUCAUCGUUUCUCUAUAGCUCCAAGAUUUUCAAACUUUAUACUUUUUGUUAUAUAUGCUCAGAUUAUUCGUUUUUGAUCGUAAAUUGAUUCGAAGCACCUCCCACAUGUGAUUGAACUAUGAAGUGAGUGGUACUGAGGACAGGUGUAGGGUACUAGGUAGAGACAAUGAAUCUGUAUGAUCUUCACAAAGGCGGUAUUUGGGCAUGUCCAGUAUAUUCACUAACCAUCAUCUACACCAUUACGGAAUGCUAACUGAUUUUGUAGUAGAUUGGAACAAAACUAUGAGCAACCAAGAUAUCAUCUCACUCCAUACAUUCAGUGACUGAAGGUCUAGAAAACCUAGACUGUAAUAGAUAGGUUAAAUAUGGAGAUCAACGCCGUAUUGCAUAACUUCAAAUUGCUACUGGUCGUAGUUGCUAUAUGAAUAUUUUCGUCCAGUCUGCCUGUCGUGUCAAUCAAACCAGUUUGUAUUGUAGGUGGCAUUCGUCACGGGUGAUGUCAUUCAGAGUACCACUAAGAAUCAAGGAGCACUAAACGACUGUUUCACCCUAGAAUGAAACUUUUCAGCAGUGCAUACUGCGAUGCACCCGAGGAUUGGAUCCACAACCUUCAAGUCUCAUGCCCAGCCCUUAACCACCAGACCACCGGAUUGAGGGACCCAACGAUGCAAAUUUCCAGCUCCAAUCAAUUCACUAUAUAAAGCGACUAUUAUCUAUUCAUAGUCUUUGGCAACGACUGUUCCGCUCCAGAUCAGUCCUUCAUGAAACCAUCUACGAUGGCAAAUGGUCAUUUGGGUAGUGUUGAUUCACAAGGUUGCAAGACACGUCUAGUUGAUCUAUUAUCAUCUAAAUCUGAAAUUGAUGCUCCUGUUAAUUAUACAGAACAACAAUUGAAUCAAACAUUCAUGAAAUUAAUCAAGACAAAAUAUCAAGUGAAAAGUUAUUUAGCAUGUCUACUUCUACUAAACCGUUUGAGUAAUUUUAAAGUGAAUACAGACAAAAAUAAUUGGUCUCAGUUCCCUUUAGAUUGUAAAAUCUAUUUGACAACAUGUCGUGCAGAUCAUGAGUCAGGAAACCAAUCACCUUUGGAAUUGAUUGUUGAUAUCACAGUCCAGAAUACAAAAGCUGAUGACAAUCUAGGAGAGAAUAUUAAUGAAUUAUUAUUUCAUUCCGAUUUAAACAAAAUUAGUCUAAAUAAUCUGGCGCAAAUUAUAUUAUUCAAAUCGUACAUGAAUAAUGCAAAGAAUUAUAUCAUAUCUGAUUAUCUUGAGAAAUAUUUAUACAUUGUUAUCAAAAUGGAAGCUGUUAGAACAGACUGUGAAUCGUCAUCAUCAUCAUCGAAUAUGAAGGAUUUAAUCACAGAUACCGAUAAGAACGUGGUCAACAAUCAUCAUUCACUUGUUUACACGUAUAGAGAAUUGUGGUUUUCAUCACCGAUAAAUAUCAAUAGUGAUAAUUCCAAAUUACGACGUUGUAUCAUUCCAUCAACAAAUUGGUCACAAAUAUUUCAUAUAACUGAAUUGAAUAAUUCUUCACUUUUUCAACAUAAUCUAUUGCCUACUACUACUAAUACUAACAGAAUAUUCUCAAUUGACGGUAGUACACUUCAAGUGAAUAUUCAAUUAGAAUUUCAACCACCAAUAAUACCACAAUAUUUAGAUUGUUUCAAUCAAAAAUCAUUUGAAACUAUAAAAAAAUGUAAUCAUUCACCAAUUUUAGUAAACAUUGGUCAUUGUUGUCUUGAUUGUAUACAUUUUCUAUAUCAAAUAAAAAUGAAUUCAUUAUUGAAUAAUGUUGUAAAUGAUAAUCCAAUGAAGUUAAUUCAUACAAUGCAUAUUAAUAUUAAUGAUUCAGUAUUUCAAUCCAUCAUAUCAGAUAUUUUCAAAAAUUCCAUAUCAUGUUCAAGUAAUCAUCAUGAAAAUUUCCUUAAAUUAAUGGUAAAAAAUAAUAAUAGCAAUAAUGGUCAAUUAUUUUAUUGUUGUUUAACAAAUCAAUCUGUCAAAUGUGAAUGGUCUUUAAAUUUAGAUCCAUUUAAUUUUAAACAAGAGAACAAGAAAGAAGGGGAGAUAAAUAAUAUAGAAAACAACAAUUACAGUUCCAAUACCUGGUGUUUUACAAUAUCAUCUGUUUGUUUACAAACAUUAUGGUUUAUGUAUAGAGCUAUUGAGUUGCGUCAAAAAAUAUCAUUACAGAAGAAUAAUUCGAUAGAAACUUCCAAACGUCCUACUGUUGAACAACUUAGAUUAGAAUGUUCUAUCUUAAAGAAAUUACUAACUUCCCUACGCGAUAUUCGAGAAAGAAUUGGUAAUAAAGAUAAUAAUAACAUCAACGAUAACUACUUAACAGAGAAUUUAUUAUCGGAACCAAAGUGUAUGCUGAAUUUUCUUUUAGACUCUUAUUGUGUCAUUCGAAAAACAGCAAUGUCAUCAUGUUUAUUUUACCAAUGAUGAUGACGAUGUAUAUUAUGUUGUAUAUAUUUAUCUAAUCAAAAUAAAUAUCUAUCAUCUGUACACGUCUUUUCAGAAUGGUAUCGUUUGAUUUGUAUUUAUGACCAGUGAAUGAUUAUGUGAAUUAUGAAACAGAAUGAGAAAGGUUACUUCUAUAGUAACCAUUAUUAGAACUGUAUGUGUGGAGUUGGAUAUUCCUCGGACGCCUAAACCGAAGCUAGUGGUUUUUUGGGAGGUUAUGCACUGGACGUUCAAUCUAGAGGUCUAGUCCACAAGUCAGAGCAUCAAAGACAGGAUGCCGCCCUGUGGUAGCGGAUAACGGAAAUAGGUUCGUACCCCUUUGGUUCUUUGAGGAUCACGGAGCCCAUGUGCACCAUUCGUUUGAAGCCAGGGCUUUCUAGCUCUCCCUCUAGAUCGACCCUUCGUAUCCAUCAACUUGGUUUGUUUGCUAACUCUCACCUUUUGUUUUCUUACUUCCUUAAAGAACAUUCGAAUGCAUGAAGUCAAUAGGUAAAACUUCCCUGUCAGAAAUUAUAAAUGCAUGGGCGUCGGAGAGCAUUUGUAAAAGGGUAGUGAGUUCUCUCUGCUCUCUACCAUACGAAUAGAUUUAGGGAUCAUUCAUUAGUCUAGCCUGUUUACGGAGUAUAUAUAUUUGGC